CAUAUCCUCUCUCCUCUGUAGUUUGUACACAAGUGUUGGCAUAACGUGGAGUGCACGAACAGAAAACGCUAAAUUAUAGCACUGCAAAGAAGUCUUACAGGGGAAAACCAGAUUCACCCGAAAGAUAUAAAUAUCAGUGUAUGAGAAACUGUGCAAUGGCUCCAUCACUCUCUCAGGCCUAUAGGAGGCGCUGGUGGAUGGCAGUCACAGCAAUCAUUGAAAACCUGCUCUUCUCUGCUGUGUUGCUUGGUUGGGGCUCCCUCCUCAUCAUGCUGAAGAACGAGGGCUUCUACUCACACCUGUGCACAGAUAAUGUCACAGAGGGCCACACAAACAUAAGUUUAAUGGAAAGACUGGAUUGGCUAAGCUGUGUUGAGCAGGAGGAGGUUUUGAAUCUGGGCUUUACGAUUGGCUCGUUCAUUAUCAGCGCAGCCACAUUGCCUCUAGGAGUCCUGAUGGACAAGUUUGGGCCACGUCCAAUUAGACUGUUUGGCAGUUCCUGUUUUGCAUUCUCCACGGGUUUGAUUGCUGUUGCGGCAUAUAAUCCUACUGUGUUAUCUUCUCUCAUAUUUAUUGCUGUUUCCAUGAAUGGGUUUGGAGGAAUCUGUCUGACCUUCACUUCAUUAACAUUGCCAAAUAUGUUUGGAAAUGUGCGCUCAACAAUUCUUUCACUGAUGAUUGGCUCUUAUGCCUCCUCUGCUGUCACCUUCCCAGGAGUCAAGCUGAUAUAUGAUUUGGGAGUGUCAUUUUGUGUGAUCUUCUGGGUCUGGUCGGCCUUUGCCUGUCUCGUCUUCAUCAACUGCUUUGUUAAUUGGCCCGGAGAGUCUUUUCCUGCCCCAGAGGACAUAAGAUACACUAAAAUAGUGAAGUUGAGAAGUGACGUAAUGGACCAUAAGAUGACUGGAGAUCAAUUCUACACUCACGAGACUGUUGUAGAACAUGAUGUGACCAAAAAACAAACUUUAAAUGAUGAAGCACACAGUGAUGAAACAGAACCACAGAGCCAGGGAUCCCCUCCUUUCCGUCGUUCUGUCUGCUCACCAAUCUUUCUGUGGAGUCUCAUCACCAUGCCGAUGACCCAACUACGUGUAAUUUUUUUCAUGGGUGCCAUGAAUAAGAUGUUGGAGUUCCUGGUUACCCAUGGUGACCCUAACCCCUCUGAUGAGUUAGUGAAGGAUGCAGAAGAGCAAGUGAGCCUCUACUCGUCCAUCUUUGGCACUCUACAGCUGCUCUGUCUGAUCACUUGUCCUCUCAUUGGCUACAUCAUGGACUGGAGAAUGAAGGAGUGUGAAGAUGUGGACACUUCAGCUGAGGGAGAAAAAAGUCCAUCUGGGCUUCCAAAGAGGGACAGAAAGAUCCAGAAGCUCACCAAUGCCAUCAGAGCUUUCACCUUUACUAACCUGCUGCUAGUCGUCUUUGGCAUCAUCUCCCUUAUAGACAAUCUACCCAUACAGGUGAUGUCUUUUGUUCUUCACACUGCAGUUCGAGGUUUUAUUCACUCUUGCUGUGGUGGGCUUUAUGCUGCUGUCUACCCAAUCAAUCACUUUGGCACUCUGACGGGCCUGCAGUCCAUGAUCAGUGCUUUGUUUGCCCUCCUACAACAACCACUAUUCAUCUACAUGCUGGGACCAUUGAAUGGGGAUCCUUACUGGAUCAACUUAGGCCUGCUUCUGUUCUCAUUGGUCGGAUUCAUGUUGCCAGGAUACCUCUUCUUCCAUCGGAGACAACUUAUAAAAGACAAGGCAGCACGAGAGAGUCUGUCACUGUGCCAGUCAACACAGGAGAAUGUCAGCCUCAGUCAAACUAAUGAUUCCUCUAAAAAUCAAACUAACGGGACUGUCUGAAGUGGACAGAGUUGAUUACUAAGUAUGUGAAUUAUGGCAAUGAUAGACCGCUCUCUUUUAUAACAAUUAUUGUUCCAUGGCACUUCGAAAAAUGGAAAUAUAGUACGCAUCAUAUUGAGUCAUUGUAAAUAUAAAACAGCGUUACAAAAAUCCAAAUGUGCAAUUUAAAGUAGACAGUCAAGGCUAUGAUUUCAAGACUGAGCAUGGUGUAUUAUCUAGGCUUUUUAAGAUAACCUGGCUUUCUCACUUAAAAGUUUUGCUAACCAUGAGAACCACAUUUACAGUGUUUUUAACAGUGUGUGGUUUGUCUUUGGCUACUGAAACACAGUUUUUCUUUCAAAGGAUUAUAUUGAAACUUUGAAAUAUCCUGUAUAAUGGUAGAAAAAACAUUAGAGGUUAAAUAACUUCAAAACAAUCACACUUUCCUUCAUACUGUAACACAGAAGCACCUCCUGCCACAUCACUUUCUUGAAGUCAACAUGAAAUCAAAAUUGACCCUAUUUACUGUAAUACAUGGUCCUUGUUAGGGCUGGGUAAGGUAUUGAUACAGAUUUUUCAAUUCCGAUUCAAGAGCUCUUGAUUUGAUUCGAUUCCGCUCUCAAUUCGAUUUCGAUUCAUACAGUACGGGUACAUUUCUGUUACAAUGUCCAUUUUGCUCGCGUACAAAAUAAAUUCUCUCUCAGCUAAUGCUCUUAAUCAAAAGGAAUAUUCUAGGCACCCCUUCUAGGUACAGUUCAAAAAUAUAAAUUUUACAAAUUAUAUUUUAUCAUUAGUUUUUCAUCAAAUUGGUCACAUUUUAGCUUUUGAAAAAUUUUCAAAUUCAGUCUAUUCCUUCCGUUAAUAUCUUGAAAUUGCAUAUAUUAUGUUGCAUAUAUUUUUGUUACAUUUGUAUUGUUUACUUGCAUAAUUUGUACUAUUUACAAGUAUUUACAUUUAGAACACAUGCUAAAUCAGUACCGAUUUAGCAUGUGUUCUAAAUGUAAAUACUUGUAAAUAGUACAAAUAUUAUUAUAGUCUCUUUAAGACUAGCAGCAUUAGUCAGUAAGUAAGGAAUAUUGAUGAUGGGACCGUUUAAUUAUUAAAAACGAAUGUACACCCGAGGUGGUACUGUGGUCACGACGCACAGCACCGUUAUACCUCAGCUGUGCAUUCUUUUUUAAUAAUUCAACAGUGCUGAGUCAAUUAUUCUGCUUAUACCAUGCCUUAAGACAUCGUUCAGGGUUUUAUCUCAAUACAUUUUCAGGUUUUUGUCAAUAAAUGAUCUUGUGAGUGGAACUACUUUCUUCCGCCACGGAUACAGCAUCUUGCUCUGAUACAGCUCAAGCCUUCGUUGCUACUUCAUAAACGUCACAUUCAAACUAGCAAAGGAGGAUAGCGAGGCUUGCGCUGUCCUUUAGAACUAGCAACGGCGCUGCUGCGUGUGUGUGCGUGUGUGUGUGUGUGUGUGUUAGGGUUGCAACGGUAUGAGAUUUUCACGGUAUGAUAACAGUCUCAGAAAAUAUCACGAUUUCACGGUAUACGGUAUUACACAAUUACUAUUAUCAGUGAAAACAGAAGGGUUAUUUAUUUAUUUAUAUUUUUGAGCAAACACUUUAUUAUAAUUCAAACUUGAAACAUUUAUUUUAUUGAAGUAUUUGUAAAAAAAGUCUCCCUUUUGAAAAUAAAAUAAAUAGAAUAAAUAAGAAAGCUAACAGAAUUAUAAACAUGAUAAAAAAUAGCAUGUAACCAUAACAUGUUAUAUAAUAAAGCAUGUUAGUUUUAUGUUAAAUGAACUACUAAAUGAAAAAUAACAUCAGCUGUGUGAGCUUUUAAAGUAAUGUCCUAUGAUUAUUAACAGUUAACAUAUACUGUAGGUGUGCGACAGUGAGGCCAGACUGCUCUUGUCUGUACAUUUAUCUCAGUGCUUCUCAACUGGUUUUGCUUCAGGACAGAUUUUACAUUGGAAAUCAAAUGUCGACCUGCCAUAGAUUAAACAUAACCUGUAUUUCAUGUAUCUUGGGUUGCAUUUCCUUUUAUGUUGUAUAGUUUUGUUCAUGGUUUUCCAGUACAAGGACAUGCAUCAAGUGACAUUAUUUUUGUUGUUGAUGUGUUGUUGAUGUCAACUUUUGACUUUCAUCACACAAUUGAAUAAUGAUAAAUGACUAUGAUAAAUGAUUACUGCAAGAGUUAGAAUAGCAUACAGGUGCGAAGGGACUUCAACAUUUCUAAAUUGCACAAAUAAUAAAUACAUUAACAUAUUCGUCUAUGGCUUGAUUUUGCUCGCAUGUCAAUGAUUACUCAUCCGUGUGUCAAUGAUGCCAAUAUCUAAUUUUAUCACUGAUAAGGUUUACCUGCAAAAUUAGUAGCACCAAACAUCACAAGCAGCCUCAAGAAUGAACAUAGAGUAGCCGUAUAACACUUUUCCUAGAGCAGAAUAUUACCAUCUUCAAUGGGAGAACCAUGGCAUUGCUCUUUCCCUGCUGUCCGCGACCCAGUCCGAAUAAACCAGUUGAGAAACACUGCUUUAACUCACACACACUCAUGUCAGUCCCCCUCGGCUCGCUUCUCUCUGACAUUUUAUCCGCUGCAUUUGUGUGCGUGUGAGUGUCGCAAGUUGACGAGUCUGACAGGCAGACAAGGAGGAUUGAGGAAAGGAGAUGCGCAUGCGCAUGUUAGAUUCUCCGUCCGGUUGCAUUUUUAAGCAAAUUGUACAUGGUAUGAUAACCGUCUAUUUUCAAACCGUGGUAUACCGUGAAACCGGUAUACCGCUGCAACCCUAGUGUGUGUCUGUGCUGAUUAGGGCAAAAUACAUUGAAAUAUAAAAAGUUUCACAUAUUAAAAGAUAUUUUGGAUAAAAGAAACUGUUGUAUUGAUCAAGUCGUGGGGGGUACGGCUCUAUUUGUUGGUCGCGACAUAAAAUGUGUGUGAGCGUGUGUAAGUGCGGUGGGACGAGGGAGCUUUAAAACACGCACAAACAAUACAAUUUAAAAAAUUUUAAAAUAAUAUAUAUAUAUAAAAUAAACAUGCAUAAUUAAACUAAAUGUCUCUUUCCUCAUCCCUUCCCCUAGAGUCCUCCAAAACUGCCAAAUACCCACUCCCGCCCCAGCCUUCCAUCUAUCAUCUUCUCAAAAGUGUCCACCAUCCCCAUUUCCACUCACCACUCUGGAAAAGGUGGUGCUCCUUCUGACUUCCAACCCCUUAAAAUAACUUGUCUGCCAAUCAUCACGCCAGUCUAUUUAUAACUGCCCCAUUGCCCAAAAUGUCUGGGGCAAAGUAAAAUUUGAGUACCCAGAAAGUCACACAAAUAAUUCUGUAUCUUUAACCAAAAAUCUUGGAUCUUAAUGCAUCACCAAAAAACAUGGGUUGUGUCUCCAACUUCUGAUUGGCAUCACCAGCAGGUGGGUGUGUCUUUAAGACCAAGCCUAUAUAAUCUAGAGGGGGUCCAGUAAAAUCUAUAUAAAAUCUUAAAUUGCAUAAGGUGAACCCUUACAUCUCUAGAUACAGACUUGACAUUUUUCAGAAUCAUUAGUCCACACUCCUUCCUCCAAUACCAAGUUAAAAUCUUUCUCCUAUAAUCUCUUAAUAGAAGUUAAAGCUCCGUCCCCCAAACUCUGAAUCAGUAGGGAGUAAUACACUGAUGCCUCAUGACCUUUCCCAAAAGCAGUAAUCACCUCUCCCAAAGUAUCUGCCAUUUUAGGGGUGUAUGUGCUACUCCCAAAAACAGUACAGAGUAUGUGGUGCAGCUGUAAAUACAUAUAAAACUGAGAUCUAGAAAUCCCAAAAUGAUGACCCAAUUCUCAAAAGAUACAGGUCACUGAGUGUAGGCAACAUUUAAAUAAAUGUCCGAAUUUAAUACUCUGGCCACUCUUGUCCAAAUUAUGUGCAAAUGUGAAAUAACGGGGUGUGACUUUAAUUCGCUGGUUAGAUUUAUAGAAAUGCUUUGCAAUGGCAAAAUAGGGGCAAGGACUUCUUGUUCAAUAUGAAACCAGGGAGGGGCUCUUUCAGGUGGAAGCGACCAAUGAGCCAAAUGCCUGAGACCGAACGCAUAAUAAUAAAACAAAAUCUUGGGUAGGCCUAGCCCACCUUUGUCAAUCGGCCUAUGUAACUUGUUGAAAUGUAGUCUGGGACAUUUACCAUUCCAAAUGAAGGACUUUGCUAUGUUAUAAAAUUGCUUGAAAUAAGAGAGGGGGACAGCUACAGGGAGUGACUGUAGCAGGUAGUUGAAUUUUGGAAUACAGUUCAUUUUAAUAACCUUAACCUUCCCAAUCAUCGAUAAAUGUAAUGAAGCCCACCUGUACACAUUGCUCGAAAAUCUUUUAAUUAAGGGGUCAAAAUGAACUCUAACUAAAUCAGACAAAUUUGCUGUGAGUAAAAUACUCAAAUACUUAAUGCCCUGUUUGGGCCACUGGAAGGCCGAUACUGGACAGUACGCUGUCAGAGCCAAAGCUUUGGAUUUAGACUAAUUGACUUGGUAACCUGAGAACUUGGAAAAGGAAUUAAUAAUUCUGUGGAGGCAAGGCAUAGAUCUAUUGGGGUCAGAGACAUAUAGUAAAAUAUAAUGUGCAUAAAGCAGAAGCUUAUGCGCCACACCUCCUGCCAUCACCCCUGGAAAAUCCUUCUUAUCGUGGCUGCUAAUGGUUCCAGGGGGAGACACAACAAUAAUGGGGAAAGAGGGCAACCCUGCCGAGUGCUAUUAUUCAGAGUAAAAUUAUCUGAAAUUAAUCCAUUUGUUUGUACUGCUGCUACGGGGUGUCUAUAAAGUACAUUAAUCUACUCAAUAAAAGAAUUCCCGAACCCGUAUAUUUCCAAAAUCUUAAAAAGAUAAUCCCAUUCUACCAUAUCAAAUGCCUUUUUGGCAUCAAAUGAGAUGGCAGCGACUGGAGUCUGAUCAUUUGCCACUGACCACAUGAUAUUGAUGAAAUGUCUAAUGUUAUCAGAAGAACUACGGCCCUGAAUAAACCCCACCUGAUCUAUAUGUAUAAGAGAUGUCAUAACUUUACUUAACCAGUUGGCCAAAAUGUUUACAUCCAGCUGGAUCAGGGAAAAUGGAUGGUAACUUUUACACUCACUUGGAUCUUUGUCCUUUUUAAGGAUCAGAAUGAUCCGGGCUUGUGUCAUGGUUGGCAGAAGCUUUCCAUACCUUAAUGAUUCUGUAUAAACUUCUAACAUAAGUGGAGCCAGUUCUGUAGCAUACAAUCUAAAAAUUCAGCUGCAAAGCCAUCUGGCCCUGGAGCCUUUCCUGUAGAAAAGGCCUUAAUUACCUUGUCAAGUUCCUAUAACUUUUUCUCAGAAUCAAGAUUUUUUUGCUCAAUCAUCAAUAUAGGGAGUUCUAAUGGUUUCACAAAGUGUCUAAUAUCUUCAUCAGUAGACGAAGAUGUGGAACUGUAGAGAUCAAGAUAGAAUUCUUUAAAAGCAUUAUUAUUAUCAAUGGCGGAGUUAAACAUUUCUCCACCAGCAGAUUUCAUUGAGGCAAUGGUAGAUAAAGACUCUUUCUGCUUUAUUUAUCUAGCCAAAAGCAUCCCUGCUUUGUCCUCUGACUCAAAGUAUGACUGUGUCAUACUAAACAAAAUUCCACCUUCCACGAUAUAAUAGUAUUAUAUCUAUAUUUCAAUCGGAGGUCAUUAGACGACAUUCUGCGCUUCAGCUCUGCAUCAGCAUUUUUAAUAUUCUCUUCCAACGCCACAAGUUCUCGUGCUUUGGACUUUUUGGUGAAUGAGGCAUACUGUAUGAUCCUGCCCCUAAGAACCACCUUAAGUGUCUCCCACACUUGCACAUACCAGUGAUAUACUUGCUUUAUAGAAAGGUUGCCACCAGUGUUGGGUGUAAUUGGAUUAUAAAGUAAUUAGUUCCUGUAAUCUGAUUAUUUUUAUUCACAAAAUGUAGCAUAAUUUAUUACAUUUAAAUUCUUGUAAUCAGAUUAGUUACUGACUUUCAAUGAAAAGAAUUACUUUUAAAUGUAUUAACUUGGUUUACAAUUACUUCAAAAACAACAUGUAUGUGUAAUACAAUUAAAGUGUGAAUUCAUAUGUACGUCUGUUUGCGUUCCUGUGACUGCUGAAGGGCGUGCAAAUAUGUACAAGGAGAAAAUAGAUAUCAGUGUUUUAGAAAGUAACUUAAAAGUAAUUAGACCUGUGAUUACUUUUCAAUUAAGUAAUCAGUAAAGUAAUCAGAUUACUUUUUUUAGAGAAGUAGUUAGUCAUUUGUAGUGGAUUACUUUUCCCAUAACUUACCCAACACUGACAUAGUGUGAAAGAUCGAGUUUUGGGUUUAAGAAUCGAUAUCGAGAUCCAUCGGAAAACCUAUAUUUUUACCCAGCCCUAGUCCUUAUCUUAUUUUGCUUGAUACCUUCAUGCACAUUAUUCCACAGAAAUAAUUAACACCUCUGAAAUGAUUUCUGCUACUGGAAGACGUAACCUAAGCCUUUAUGGACUAUUAGUUCAUAUUAAACUGUAGCCAAAUAUAAAUUAGUUUCCUCGUUGAAUCACUCGUAAAUGUCACAUUACUAAAGUAAAAUUGUUUGCGAAUGCCGUUUCAUGUUGACUUUGGAGAACAAUCAUAUCAUCUUCAUUAUGUAUGUGCAGGUCACAGGCAUAUUCAAAAUACUAAUAUAUUAGUCAUUAAUUAAAAUUAUAAUUUUUUUUUAUGUUCAUUUGUAUGGUAAAAAUACACCUCUCAUUUUGACUCAGGGAAGGUAAAUGAGGCAGGGCUUCAUAUAAUUAAUGACAUCAUGGAUAAAUCCAUAAUUCUUUUAAUUUUAAAACUGUGUGCGUGAGUAAUAAGCUUUUCAUAGCUUUUUCUGCCUUCCCUCACUCACUAAACUAGUGUAAUUUCACUAUGGACCCUGAUGGAUAGGCUGCUUCUUACAAGAUGUGCCUUUAAUGAAGACUGGCAAGUGUCAUUAUUAUGACCUUAUUUCAGAGACUAGUUUGCACUAUAUUUUUUGUUCAGUGUGUUUCAGUUUCGCAAUAAGAGAUAUGGAGGGAAGUUUAAAAGAAAUGUUCUGUAUUUUACAUAACU